AUGAGCUCUGCUGUGGCUUCGGCCUUGCACGGCUUGGUCGGGCCUCUGGUUGGACUGGACAGGAGGCUGGUUGUUUGCGAGCCUUGUGCUGGAAUAAGUGCCUGGAAAGCCAUAUGUGACAGCGUCGGAUUAGUUUGGUCCCCCGAGGAUUGCUACGAGUUUGAUGCAGCUUUAGGUGCGUUUUGGAGGAAGCAUCUGGGAACACGUGCCCAGUCCAUGCAUCUGGACGAAGCUGGUGACAUCAACUUCAUAAAUUGCAACGAUCUUGAGAGUGACGUCGAAGUGCUGGUGGCAGGACCACCAUGUCAGCCUUGGAGUCCCAGUGGCAAGCGAGGGGGUGAAUACGACGACAGGAGUUUGGUUUAUUUGCAGGUGAUCAGCAUGAUCGUGCAUUAUGCACACAAAGGCUCCUUGUUGUUUUUCCUGGUGGAAAAUUCAUCAUUGCUGGCCAAGUCUGCUUUCUUAAGGGAUGUUAUGCAAUACUUGUCGGCGGCCCUUCCGUGGUUUGUUGUGGAUUAUGUCAAGCAGGACCUCCAGGCUGUGUUCCCCCAUUCCAGGUCCAGGGUGUGGUUGCGUGGGCUUCGCCGAGAUUGUUGCAAACAGAACAUAAUCCCUCAACCCGUGCGGGAUCCGUGGAAGUUGGCAGGCUGUCCCAAGCCCAGCUUGAGGUCCUUGUUGAUGCAAGGCAUUGGCAACACGGAUCCCGGUUUGCUGUCUGCAAAGCAGCAGCACAAUCUGCAAAGAUACAAAGGUUUCGUGAAGCAAGAUUUGCUUCACGGCCACGGCUUUGAGAUUGCGGUCCUGGAAAUAGACAGAGCACCUGGCAACAAGUACGGUUCUCGAUAUUAUCGGGAUGUUUGCCCGGCUUUGCGAAGCUCAGGUGGUAGGCUGUUCGUGUUGUCCACAGCUGACCUAGAUCAGGAAUGGUGGGAGCAGGAGUUCCACCGGCCGUUGACCGCUCAAGAGAGACUUGUGUUGCAGGGGCACAGCCGUGAGUUGUAUUAUGAUUUCUACAGAUCCUCCGACUGUGUGAAAGCCACCGGCAAUGCGUUUCACACAUUGGCUUUGGCCAUGAUGAUGCAGCCUUUGUGUCAGGCUGCACUUGAUGCUGGAAAAAUGCAAAGCAGCAACCAGCAAGCCCCCUUGCAGGCGAAUGAGAUAGCAACCCUGUGCCGUGUUGCAGAUGCUGGAACUCAAGCUUUCAAGAAGCUUCGGAGAAUAUAG